AUGGCAAUUAUUCCCAAACCUUUAGUGAUCUCAAGUAGUAGACGGAAGCCUGAAUUGAUAGUUCCACAAAAUAAAAUACCUAAGAAAAUAUUAUAUCUUUCAGAUAUAGAUGAUCAAGAAGGUCUUCGUUUUCAAAUGCCAAUACUAAUGUUUUACAAAUACAAUUCUUCAAUGAAAGGGAAAGAUCAUGCAAAGAUCAUAAAAGACGGAUUGUCCAAAACACUUGUGUUUUACUAUCCAUUAGCUGGUAGGAUCAUUGAAGGACCUAAUAGGAAGCUUAUGGUAAAUUGUAAUAGUGAAGGAAUCAUGUUUAUUGAAGCCGAUGCUAAUGUGGAGCUUGAGAAAUUAGGUGACUCUAUACUACCACCAUGUCCAUACUUAGAAGAGUUACUUUAUAAUGAGCCAGGAUCUGUUGGGAUUAUUGGUUGUCCAUUGAUGUUAGUUCAGGUGACACAUUUUACAUGUGGUGGAUUUGUUGUUGGAUUCAAAGUUAAUCACACUAUGAUGGAUGCUUAUGGCUUCAAAAUGUUUCUAAAUGCAUUAAGUGAAUUAAUUCAAGGAGCUUCUGCACCUUCCAUACUACCUGUAUGGCAAAGGGAUCUCUUAAGUGCUAGAUCAUCACCAUGCAUUACAUGCACACAUAAUGAGUUUGAUGAGCAAGUUGAGUCCAAAUUUGCAUGGAUAGGUAUGGAAGACAAAUUAAUCCAACACUCAUUUUUCUUUGGAAAUAAGGAGAUUGAAGCCAUUAAAGAUCAAUUAUUAGAACCAGGGUAUGGUUCAAUUGGAAGAUUCGAGUUACUAGUUGCGUUUCUUUGGAAAUAUCGUACAAUUGCACUUGAUAUAAAUCCUGAAGAGAAUGUUCGUUUGUCAUAUGUAGUUAAUGUACGUGUAGGACCACAAAAAAUGGAACUACCACUUGGAUAUUAUGGCAAUGCAUUUGCAACUCCAGCAGCCGUAUCAAAAGCUGGAUGGUUAUGUUCAAAUCCAUUAACAUAUGCAAUUGAGUUGAUUAAACAAGCUAAGAAUCAAGUGAACGAAGAGUAUAUUAAAUCAUUGGCAGAUUAUAUGGUGAUUAAUAGGCGACGACCAUGGACUAAAUCUUGGAAUUUUCUCAUCACAAAUGAUGCAAUACUUGGUCUUGAUGAAGUUGAUUUUGGAUGGGGAAAGCCUAUUUUGGGUGGGGUUGAUAGAAGUCCUUUCUCUUUUGCUAGCUUUUUCUGGUCCUUUAACAAGAACAUAGGAGAAAAGAGUAUUGUGAUAGCUAUAAAUUUGCCUCAACAAGCCAUGGAAAAGUUUCAACAUCUUAUCCACAAUUUUACUAGUAAAAAUGUAGAAAAGAUCCAACUAACAUCAAAGAUUUAGGCCAUCCUUGCAUUUUAAUUAAGUUACGAUGUUUGAAUUUGUAUACGUAUCU